UCGGGCCUAAAAAAUACAAAUCCGAAGGCCGAUCAAAUCCGGGUCGGCUCUGGAUGUAAUGUUCUUGUGGAUAGAACCGAUCCGAGAUAAGGCCCGAGAAGAUACAAAUGAGAAGAAUAGCAUCACUGUAGCAGUAAAGAAAAGAAACCAUUAAGAAUGGCAGCAACAGGUACAGUGAAAGCGGUGGCUCUUAUAACGGGAGACCCUCAUGUUAAAGGCUCUCUUCAGUUUAUACAGCAAACCCAUGGGCCUACCUAUGUAACAGGGAGGAUAUCAGGUCUAUCACCUGGCCUUCAUGGGUUCCAUAUUCAUGCUCUUGGCGAUACCACCAAUGGCUGCAAUUCAACUGGACCGCACUAUAAUCCAUUAAAGAAGAACCAUGGAGCUCCAUUCCAUGAAGAACGCCAUGCAGGGGAUUUGGGCAACAUUGUCACCGGCUCCGAUGGAAUUGCUGAGAUUUCAAUUAAGGACAUGCAGAUACCGCUGACUGGGCCGCAUUCCAUAUUGGGGAGGGCUAUUGUUGUGCAUGCUGACCCCGAUGAUCUUGGGAAAGGUGGGCAUGAACUUAGCAAGACUACAGGGAAUGCAGGUGCAAGAGUUGGUUGUGGCAUCAUUGGACUUCAAUCAUCUGUUUAGGAUUUGAUUUCUCUAGUCAUUUGGAAACUUAGCUAAGAUGUUCUCUUCCGAAAAUGAAAAGCAGAAGUGGAAGGAAGGAAGAAGAAUAUCUUAAGAUUUGCUGGCUUAGCCAAUUUACAUGAUUGCAAGUUGUAGAUUCCUAAUAAUCAAAACCUCUGGAUAUACAGAUUGUCGAUGUGUCAGAAUGGAGUCUUAAAGGUCCGUCUGAAUUAUAUACAAUCUCUGGAAGUUAUUGGUAAAUAUUUUAAGAUAUCUCAACUGGUCUAACUGCAAUGACCCUUGCUCAAAGGGAAGAAAUUGAAAUUCUUGCUUUUCCAUUCACUAGUAAA